AAAGUCAUUUUUUUUUUCAAAUAAAAAAUAAUUUUUUUCUGUUUUCUUUAGUUCCUCAAGACUUUUUUCAGAUUUCCAUAGCUACUACUGGAGCUGGAUCUGGAUCUGGAUCUGGAACUCUUUCUCCCAUAUCUUCUCAUUACACUGCAUUUUCAACCAAUCCCUUGCCCAAAAGGGUCUGAUUCCAAAAAAAAAAACUUUAAUUGCAUGCAGUAAAAGGUCUCUUUAAAGUCAACGGUUCGGGAGCAAUAAGAUGGCGAAGUUAAGGGGAGUGAGUGAUGCUUUGAGAUGCUGAUCAUGUUGCCUUCAAUAUAGAUGAAGGCAACUCCUGCGUGGCACUGGCAGCUAAAUGUAAAGGAUAUUCCCAUCAUGUCUGGUUCAAGAAAGAGGCCUGUGUGGAUUAUUGUAUUGGUGAAUUUCGUGAUCUUGUUCCUGAUUGCUGCGUACGUUUACCCUCCGACGACUUCAGUCGCCUGCUUCGUGUUUUCUUCCACGGACUGUACUUUGACUUUCCGCAAGCAGCCGCCGGCUCCAAAAGUUCCUGCUAGGGAAUUAACUGACGGCGAGACAAUCUCUCAGGUUGUAAUUAGUGAAAUCCUAAGGACACCUCCUGUUGAAUCCAACAAUCCAAAAAUAGCUUUCCUGUUUUUGACUCCAGGGACACUCCCUUUUGAGGCAUUGUGGGCUAAGUUCUUUCAGGGCCAUGAGGGUAGAUUUUCUGUUUAUGUUCAUGCUUCGAAAGAAAAGCCAGUACAUACAAGUCAGUAUUUUAAGGGUCGAGACAUUCACAGUGAAUCGGUGGUUUGGGGGAAAAUUUCCAUGGUUGAUGCCGAGCGGAGACUGUUGGCGCAAGCACUUUUAGACCCUGAUAACCAGCAGUUUGUGUUGCUGUCAGAAAGUUGCAUACCAUUACAGAACUUUGACUACGUCUACAACUACUUGACGCUCACUAAUGUCAGCUUUAUCGACUGUUUUGUGGAUCUUGGUCCACAUGGAUCUGGGAGGUAUUCAGAGCAUAUGAUGCCCGAAGUCGAAAGGAAGGAUUUUCGGAAAGGCUCACAGUGGUUCUCGUUGAAACGGCAGCAUGCUAUAAUAGUCAUGGCAGACAGCCUAUAUUACACAAAGUUUAAGUAUUACUGCAAGCCGAACAUGGAAGGCCGCAACUGCUACGCAGACGAGCAUUACUUGCCGACUUUUUUUAAUAUGAUUGAUCCCGGUGGAAUAGCGAAUUGGUCGGUAACAUAUGUGGACUGGUCAGAACGGAAAUGGCAUCCGAAAUCGUUUAAGCCUGAGGAUAUUACAUUGGAGUUCCUCAAGAACCUUACGGUCAUUGACGACAUCGUACAUAUCACAAGUGAUUCAAAGAGGGUGCUUACCGGACCUUGCAUGUGGAAUGGAAUAAAGCGACCUUGUUAUUUAUUCGCCAGAAAGUUUUAUCCGGAAACUUUGGGGAAGUUGAUGAACCAUUUCUCUAAUUAUACGACGCCGUCUUUGUAGCCUUUCCUCUUUCUCUGCUGCUCUAAUUAAAUAUUAUUAUUCUUUGAUUGGAUGAGCAGACUCAGAUCAACGAUAAUAGGAUCACGAAUUUUGAUUG